CAGUUUCUCACUGUGGAAACAAUCACAAGUCAACGACAGCAGUAAUGGUUGUGUUGUAGUAAUGCGGGCUGGAACUGUGAUGAGCUGAGCUAGAGACAGGCUCUCAUUUUGACACGAUGAGCAUGGCAACAUUUGGAAGGAGGAAGACCUUUGGCAGUACAAGUGAUGUAGAAAACAUGCUAUCUUCUACAUCUGGUGGUGAUGAUGACGACAAUGAUGAUGAUUCUGCCUUUUUGCCGUCUGUAUCCAAAUCUGUGGGUCGCUACAACGUUUUGACAUUUUGUGUUCUUCCAGCAAAAAGAUCUCAACGUGCUGCUAAUGAAAUCAUAAUGCUGCAAAUGUCAGCUCAGGCCAAUGUGCACCAGCUACGCCUCCAUAUCUGGCUGCGAGCCAAAGAAAAAGGUUUCAAGUCAGAGAUCUACAAUAUUGUUGAUCCCAGUUCUUUUGAUUUGUUGUACAAGAAAGAGGAUGACUGGUAUGAAAUUUAUGAUGACUAUCAGAUCCUGAAGACUCUCGAUGCCGUAAGAUAUUUUCACCUACACGGACAACAGCAAGUUACUAUAUAUGUUAACAUACCAUCAAAGGUCACAGAUGUGAAAGACCAGCUCCAGACAGAAUUAACCUACUUGAUUGGUUAUGACCUCAGUCUAACAAAUGGGAAUCGUCUGAAUGAAAUUAGCUUCACUCGAAGAAAGCUGGCAUCUGCUCGAAUAGUGCAGCUCAGAAAUCGAGACUCAAAGAAUUAUGCAACUGAGCCUUGGACCUCUUCUAUCCCUCUUCCAAAAACUAUGAAUCCUAAAAACACUGAUAUAAACUUUACAGUUUACUAUGCUGGAGACAAUUAUACCAUGAAGGCAAACCUCAAAGAUACUCCCUAUGUUCUCUUAGAGCAUUUUUUUAAAAAGAUAGCUCCAAACACUAUUCUUCAACAUUUGGAACAUGACUGGGUUAUAAAGGUUUAUCAAAGAGAAGAAUACCUGAUAGGAGAGAGGCCACUCUUUCAAUUUAUUUGGAUCAAGCAUUGUCUAAAAACUAAGCAGGCGAUCCUCCUUUCCAUCAUUCCAAUGCCAUCCUUUCAAGAGGAUGAGGUCCCAAAAGAUGAUUGGCCAUUAAUAGAUGAUUACACUGGGCUUGCAAAUACUCAUGAAGACCUGAUGCUUGAGGGCAGGGAUGUUAACGAGAUUCAAAUGAUUUCCUUAUGGGACUGUAGGCGCAAAUUUAGGGUAAAGCUUCUGGGCAUAGACAUUCCUAAACUGCCGAGCAAGGCACCACAAAAUGUGUAUGUGGAUGCCAGCAUUCUCCAUGGCACUAAUGUCCUCUCUUCGGUUCAGUCAAACCCCAUGACAUUCACAGAUGAAGUGCUGUGGAAUGCAUGGCUACAAUUUGACAUAUUAAUUCAAAAUCUACCCAGUGCUUCGAGAUUGGCCUUUACAGUGAUAGGAACCAACAGCGAUGCUACAAAGGCUGUGGACUUCAACAAAGGCAAAUCAAAAACAUUGUACUUUGUGAACCUUCUGUUAAUUGAUCACAGGUCACUACUUUGCCAAGGUGAACAUGUCCUCCACAUGUGGCCUUACCCUGAACAAGAGGAAGACUUGUUCACUUAUGAGGUUGACAAAAUGUCCUCCAAAACUAACCCAGAUGUUGAAAACGCAAUGGCCAUUAGUGUUGUCCUAGAGAGUUACAGCUUUCCAGUUGUCCUUCCACAAAGCCUAUCCUCUCCUUCAAACUCUGUCUUUUCAUUACCACCAUGCUGUUCCCAAGAAGCUAUUUCCUCAUCCACCUUUUUUACCAAUCAAGAACUUCUUCGAAGGUUCAGAGAGGAGAGCGCCCAGUAUGGCGCCACGUUACCAAAAUUUCUGAGUAAGGUGAAAUGGGGUGACCCUAAUGCCGUUCAGGACAUCUGUUGGCUACUUAAUCAGUGGAAGGUCACUGAUUUGGACAUAUCCAUUGCCCUUGAGCUGCUCAGCAUCAACUUUGCAGAUAAACAGGUCAGAAACCUGUCCAUCAAGAGACUAGAAAAGCUACACAAUGAGGAGCUGAUGAGAUAUCUUCUCCAGCUGGUGCAGGCUUUAAAGGCAGAACCUUAUCAUGACAGCAUGCUGGCACGAUUUUUGAUAAAGAGAGCGCUGCAGAGUAAAAGAAUCGGACAUUUCUUUUUUUGGUAUUUGCGGAGUGAGAUCACUUGCUCGCCAUACUUUCGGGAACGCUUUGCUGCAAUCCUUGAGGCAUACCUGUUGGGGUGCGGUAAAGCAAUGUUAAGUGCCUUCCGGAAGCAAGUGCAGUUGGUUGACAGUCUUCACAAAGUGGCAACAGAAAUCAAAAAACUCAUUCCAGAAAAGAGCGACCUGCCUGCAAAUGCUGCACUGAAACUUCAGGAAAUGUUGCAGAAUGCUGACAUCCCUCAAGAAUUCCUGGUGCCUUAUGAUCCCAGAAUCAAAGCUGGAAAAUUGGUGGUGGAGCGAUGCAAGGUGAUGGCAUCCAAAAAGAAACCUCUUUGGCUAGAGUUUACCUGUGGAGACCUGGAUGGCCCCCCAGCACCUCAUGUGGGGAUUAUUUUUAAACAUGGGGACGAUUUAAGACAGGACAUGCUUGUUUUACAGACUCUGAUAAUAAUGGACUCCAUUUGGCAAGAGAAUUCUCUCGACCUCAAUUUAAUCCCCUAUGGCUGCAUUUCAACGGGAUAUAACAUAGGAAUGAUUGAAAUUGCUCAGGAUGCUGUGACGAUUGCAGCAGUGCAGAGAAAUCAAGGAGGAAACACUGGGGCAUUUAAAAAUGAUGCUCUUUUUGAGUGGAUAAAGAGCAAGUGUGAAUUAGAAGAAAAGUACUAUCAAGCGAUGGAACGAUUUGUGACCUCCUGUGCUGGAUACUGUGUGGCCACAUAUGUGCUGGGCAUCGGAGAUCGCCAUAAUGACAACAUUAUGAUCACAGAGCAAGGAAACCUGUUUCACAUCGAUUUUGGGCACAUUCUGGGAAACACCAAACGGUUCCUGGGAGUGAACAGAGAGAGAGUUCCCUUUGUUCUCACACCAGACUUUCUUUACGUGAUGGGAAGAGUCAACAAGAAAUCCAGUCUUUACUUCCAAAGAUUCAAGGAUAUUUGCAUCCAAGCCUACCUUAACCUUCGUGCCCACUCCAACCUCUUGAUCACACUUUUUUCUCUUAUGAGAUUAACUGGAAUUCCCGAGCUCAGCUGUGGAGAUGACAUCCAAUACUUGAAAGAGGCACUGCAGGUUGGGAAGGAGGAGGAAUCUGCCCGUCAGCACUUUCUUCAUCAGAUCAGUAUUUGUGAAAACCAGGGCUGGACUGUGCAGGCCAACUGGUGGAUCCACAUGUUCAUUGGCAUCAAACAAGCAUGAUGACCAAGAAAGCCAAUAUGCAGUAUACUAUGUAACAUAUAGAAGUCAAAUGGACUCUUAUAGUGUUAAAGUAACCCUUAAAGUGUAUGUAUAGAAAGACUGUUUUCUGUCUAAACAUAUCGGAUGUUACUUUAGCACUGGUGAUUUUGCUGUGUCUGAAGACACAAGUGCCAAGCCUGAAGGGAACUUACGUGUGUGACUUCAUGAUUGACAUCUGGAUCACAUAUUGUGUCCUGUGAAAUGCUCGCCAGGGUCGCUUUGUGUGGCUUUACUUUCAUCUUCCAAUUGUUCCCAUUAUUAAAUGGACAAUAUUUCUAUGUGUAUAUUUAUAUCAGAGAUCAAGGAGAGAGGAGGGAAAUGUAUGUAAUGUAGCAAAUCACAAGGCUCAUUAAAGGAAUA